UAUUUUUUCUCGUUGUGUCAGAUAAAUAUCUUUAUAUUCAUAACUCCCUUUAACUCAUCACUCUCUAUCUAAACUACCUUAUUUUAAUUUUAUUUUAGUGUUGAGGAAAAUGCAAGAGCAAGCGACAAGUUCCAUUGCAGCUAGUUCUAUACCUUCAAGUAGUGAGAGAUCUUCUAGCUCAGCUCUCCAUCUUGAAGUCAAAGAAGGUAUGGAGAGUGAUGAUGAGAUAAGAAGAGUGCCAGAGAUGGGUGGAGAAGCCACGGGAACCACCUCUGCUUCUGGCAGAGAUGGAACUUCUACUGCCGGUCAACCUCAACCAUCAUCAGCUGCUGGCACUCAAAGGAAGAGAGGAAGAAGUCCUGCUGACAAAGAAAACAAGAGGUUAAAAAGGUUGCUGAGAAAUAGAGUAUCAGCACAACAAGCAAGGGAGAGGAAGAAAGCAUACUUAAUAGAUCUGGAAGCAAGGGUGAAAGAAUUGGAAACAAAGAAUGCAGAACUUGAAGAGAGGUUGUCCACUUUGCAAAACGAGAACCAAAUGCUUAGACAUUGAUGUCACAUUAAUUAUUAUUUGACAUUGAGGAGGAGGAUGAGCUACUAACACUGCGCUAUGACUUCAGCCUCCUGAAGUAGUUACAUUUAGUACUAGGAAACUGACUUAUGCAAUGGCGGAGCUAGGGGCGCAAGGGGGUUCAUCCAAGCCUCCUUUGCCAAAAAUUACAUUGUAUAUACAAGGUCAAAAUUAUUUUCUAUGUAUAUAUAGUAGAUGUUGAAUUCCGCUGGCAUCUUCAUGUGUUCACUUUUUUAUAUUUUGAAUCCCCUUAUUGAAAAUCCUGACUCCGCCACUGGACUUAUGCUUUUGGAAAGUGCAGAUAUUACUUAUGUACAGCUGUUAAAGGCUUGUGUUCAUGAAUAAUAUAUACCAGUUUCUGAUCC